GAGGCCGGUCCCGGCUGCCCGGCGGGGCGAGGCGGCGCUCCCCGGGAAGGCGGCGCUGCUGCCGCGGCACGAGGAGCGGGAGCACCGGGAGCACCGGGAGCGGCAGGAGCUGCGGGAGCACCGGGAGCGGCAGGAGCAGCGGGAGCAGCGGGAGCAGCGGGAGCAGCAUGGUGGUGCCGCCGCUGCUGCGCGCCGUCAUCAUGGGGCCGCCGGGCUCCGGGAAAGGCACCGUCUCCGCCCGGAUCAUCAAGCACUUCGGCGUGAAGCACCUCUCCAGCGGCGACCUGCUGAGGGACAACAUGCAGAGGAGGACAGAAGUGGGAAUCCUUGCCAAGUCCUACAUUGAUCAAGGGCAGCUUAUUCCAGAUGACAUCAUGACACAAUUAAUGCUGAAUGAGAUAAAAGGUCUGGACCGGUACAACUGGCUAUUGGAUGGUUUCCCCAGAACAGUUGCUCAGGCAGAAGCCCUCGAUAAAGAAUGUCACAUAGACACUGUGAUUGACCUAGACGUGCCAUUUGAGACCAUAAAGUGUCGGCUUACAGCACGCUGGAUCCACCCUGCCAGUGGCAGAGUCUACAAUCUUGAAUUCAGUCCUCCCAAAGUGCAGGGCAUUGACGACAUUACUGGCGAGCCGCUCGUUCAGCGCGACGAUGACAAGCCCGAGACUGUCAGCAAGAGGCUGCAGGCUUAUGAUGCACAAACAAAACCUGUUCUAGAGUAUUAUCGGAAAAGAGGGUUAUUGAAAUCCUUUUCUGGAACAGAAACCAAUAAGAUCUGGCCACAUAUCUAUGCUUUCCUUCAAACCAAGUUGCCAGAUGUGAGCCAAAAAGAUGCUGCCAACCCCAGGUGAAAAUAGGUCAAACUUCUCACCUGUCAUAGCUCACUCCCGAUUACAUAAGAUUCUGCAAUCAAGGAUUUGUCCAAGUAGUCUACCACACUCAUCAAUAAUUAAAGUCCAAUGCUGUCCUUAACUUACAUUAUAGUAAAAUUUUGUUGCCUGUGGUUAUCACUUUAAUGCUGUAAUUUUUUUUAAUAUUAAAUAUACCUAAUUUUAAAAAUACAGUAACUGCCUUAAACAAAAGCAGGUACUCUUGUGUCUCUUAUUUGGAAAAAAAGUUUGCAAUAUUGAUUGAUGAAGGAAACACAUUUCAGAAUACAGCUUAAUUAGAAAGCACAUUGACUGAUUUAUUCAGUUAGUAAAUGAAGCAAUGGCAAGAACAUGAAAGCACAUUUCUUGAACAUGUGCCUAGCUGGAACUAGCCAGAAGCUGUGAAGAAAAAUGACCACUGGUCUCCAAAAAGCCAUUUCAGACCAGAGCUGCUGUGUAUGGAAACUGAUCUUAUGGAAAAGUUAGCUUCUUGUUUGCUUGCACAGAUGUGACUUGAUUUUGUUAAUAAAUUAUGCUUAGUACCAGGGCAAAUUAUGUAAGCAAGUAUUAUGUUUACAUUUCUACUCUCAGAACAACUAUUUUGCAGGCAUGGGAAAUGGAGUUUCAAUGAUAUGUAACACAUUUGGUAAAGUCUCUGUCUUUCUGUGACCCUGCAAGACUUUAUCAGUAAAAAGAUAGCAGAUACUGAGUAGAUUAAGUGUAAUCUGGUAAACCUGUAGCUAGAUGAUCUUGAUCAGCGAAUGUCAAUGCCAAUACAAUCUUUGAAAACAAGUGCUCACUGAUGCCAGUGACAUGAUUUCCAGCAGUCAAAAUACUUUGGCAUAUUACUGUAGCAACUGGACUGGUUUUCAUUAGAUUCUUGUCUCUGACCGGCUCUUGUGUUUAUUUCUGAAAUAACUGGAAAUACAAACCUCCACAGUCCACACUUUUUUAACAGCCCAGGGAACGCAGACAUUGCUAUUUUUCAGUGAUUCCUCCCAGCCCUUUUUUAAUGCUCGUCAGAGUGGGAAUUACAAGAGUCAGCAAAAUCUGAGAAACAAACAACUCUGUCUAGGUAAUGUCUGAAGUAGCUGUGUCCUAGUAAUGCAGGUUCAAUCUCCUUUAGCAGUGACAGGUACAGUGCUGGGGUGUUGAUAUACUUUGGACUGCAUCUGCACAUCCAGUUUUAGCAUUAUGAAUAUUGAGACACAUUUGAGUCUAAAAAGAAAUGGUCAUUGUAGAAUUUGUGAAUUCUAUAAAUGAACAAUCUA